AUGGGUCCUCCUAGGCGCAAGGUUCUCGCUACGGCGGAAGAGACCAUGUUCCCGCCGGAUGAGCUGCCUCAGGGCCAUCUGAUCGCCCGGGCUAUCAAGGCGACCGGAAACAACAUCUACUCAGUGGAACUUCCCUCGAAGGAAUCGGUUUUGGUGGAGCUCCCUGCCCGCUUCCGGUCGACCAUCUGGAUCAAGCGGGGUUCCUACGUGGUGAUCGAUGCCAAUGCCCUCGAGGGCCGCGACAACAAGCUCAAGGGAGAGAUUGUCAACAUCGUCCGUGAUGAGAAAGCGUGGCGCAAAGCCCCAUUCUGGCCAAAGGAAUUCGCCAAGCAGGCUGUUGUUGUCGCCGACGACUCGGACGAGGAGGAUGAAUCCAAUGUCGGCAAGAUGCCUUCUUCAGAUGAGUCGGAUGCUUGA